AUGGUAGGGUCGGAUGUUAUACCAGCACCGGAUAACCAAACUUUAUUGGCAAUGCGUAAACGCGAAAAUAAACUUCGCCAGUCACCUAUGUGCCAGCGUGCAUUGCUACUGCCACUUUCAUCAAAACAUGAAAUUGAACGACAAAUUCGGCUUCGGGUCGUGAGAGAGUUUAACCUCCCUGAUGAAGUAUCUGAUAUUCUGGAAAGCUCACACCAAUCCAGCCAGAAAAGUGAUGAUGUUUACAAAGAAAAUCCGUGUGGAGUUGCGUCCACUACUCAAGGCGAGGACAAUUUGCUUGAAGAUGAAGAUCAAAGCCCACCGCCAUCACCAGCGGCUACUGGCUCAGUUACGCGAAACACAACCGUUGGAUCUUCUUUUUUAUCGUCCUCGUCAAUGGGAUCGUCAGCAUCAUCAAUCUGUGGCACCGAUGGAGUACACCCCUAUUAUAGCCGAAAUCUCACUUUUCCGCGUCAGCAAUCAAAUGGUCUUUUUGGUGUAGCCAGUAUUUUAGCUGCCAACUCUGGUCCUGGCCUUUAGUGUAGCUAUUCACGUAUUUCAGCGUCAGCGCGUCCACGAAAUCAACUGCCGGCAUUAAUAACUGAAGGGGACUUUCGAUUUUCGCAUGGAAAUAGCUUUGGCUUGGAUAUGAGUGUUGAGAACGGCGCAUGUGCUUUGGACUCUGGAAAUAGUCAUCUUUCAGAUAUGAUGCCGGAUGUGGCUAUGGCCACCGCAUCGUUAGGUCAGCUUCAUUUGUCGAAUAGUACUGGAAAUACUAGCGGCCGUAGCGUCGGCAGCAAUAACGACAUGCCAGAAAGUUUACAAUUAGAUUUGGAGGAUGGUCCAAGCCCUCGCGUAGUUGGAAACGUUCCAAGUGCACUGACCUUGCGAAGCAUACACCACGCUCUGCCACAAAGCAACUAUCACCGCUUCGUGCAGCGCUCUAGUUCGCCAUUUGAUAUGAUGCGUCAUGGACAGUUAUCGCCCACAUCACACCCUCCAAAUCCUGGGUCAUUUAACUCUGAGCCACGCAGGUUUUUAUAG